CCUGUUCCACUCUUGCUGCAGACAAGAACACUACAGGACAUCAGGAGUCUGGAGGAGGCACAGACACCAUGGCAACUACCUCAACUCAACAAAAGGUACAGAACUUUAAAAUUUUUAGGUUUGCAUGUCUUCAGUCAAGGUUGAAUUCAUGUUGUCUCGAUAACAUUGACCCAUUAGAUUACUUUAGAACAUAAAUAUUAAGUAUUUGUUGUGUGGGGUCAAUGACCAUUGAGCCAAACCACUUUCUCUGUCUGACAACAGGGUGGUUACUUUCAACAUCAAAAACUAUUUGGUAAUCCCCAACUCUUAAAUCAAUUAAACUAUUACCAAGCCUUAAAUAAUUGUCAUAAUUGAUGGAAUUUGUAUUAUAGGUGCAUUCCAUAACAUUUUCACGUGCAAAUAGCUCUUACUGUCUAUGAUAGCUUUCUACUGUCUAUAUACAGGCAACCCCAUGUGGUCCUCUGUAGCUCAGCUGGUAGAGCACGGCGCUUGUAACGCCAAGGUAGUGGGUUCGAUCCCCAGGACCACCCAUACACAAAAAAAAUUAAAAAUUAUGCACGCAUGACUGUAAGUCGCUUUGGAUAAAAGCAUCUGCUAAAUGGCAUAUUAUUAUUAUUAACCCUGUUCCUGGAGUGCGGCAGGUACUGCAGGAUUUUGUUCCAACUAGAAACCACACCUGACCAACUGAGCUAAUUGAUCAGUUCAGUGAUUGCCUAAAUUCAACACACCUGGUCUUCCAGGUCGGUUAAAUCAAGAACAUGAAGUGCCUGCGGCACUCCAGGACCAGGGUUGCCUACCCCUGGUCUAUACGGUUUCUUUAGUCUAUAAUAUACUAUGUAGUAUUAAAGGAAUAACAUUUAUUGAGUGUCCGGCCCAAUAUAACACAAUACAGUAUACAGUAUAUGCCACAAAUAUCAGAUAGGCUUUUAUUUGAGGUAUAUAGGGUCUUCAUAUUGUUCCUCAAAGAACAUGGCAUGCUAAUAAGAAUACGGACUAUCAGACAGAUUGUAGAUAAACAUUAGUAUGCAUCCAACAUAUUUUCAUAGUAAUAAGGCAGAAAUAGUACCUUUACACAUUAGAUACACAGGCUAAAAGGUGAUUGUAACAUUGUUGAUAUGCUGCAAUAGGUUACAAUCAAUGUUCCCUCUAAGCUGCGCGUGGGUGCGCAGUUCCCCUCGGACUGCCACACAGAAGAAAUAUCAGCCAGCACAGAGAAGCAAGAGCUUGAACUUCACUCAACUUUCUAGAGUUUUCCCCUUUAGUUAACACUAUCAACGUUUCACUCUACUGUGGGAAUUGUGAUCGAAUCAAUGCAACGUUAGCCACUUUCAAUGUAACAAACCGAAACAAAAUGAACUAUGCAAGACUUAGAAUGCAAAACUAACAAUGCAAGACAUUUUCUUGUAGGCAGAGCACAUUGGAAUAUGAUUUUAUUGCAAUGACAGGCACAACUCAGGCCCGUACUCUACACAGACCAGUGCGCCAUAUCCAAUCAAAGCUGAUGUAGGCCUAUAUGCAAAUAGCCAUUGCCAUACAUGGAUCUGUGCUAUUCACUUUGAACUGGACUGUGUUUAUAGCAUUAGGGUAGCAUAAUUUGGCUGUUUCUCUCUAAUAAUGGUAUGGGAAUAAGAAUUAUUUUUAUUUCUUAAAGUCUACCUAACACAACAUUUUCAGUCACCUCCUUGUCUGAAGGACAAGUGGAUAAACAGGUUCAUGUCAAGCCCUGCAUGUUUUUUUUUCAAAAGUCUCAUGGAAUCUAAGUCUACAUUGAACACCACACAUUUGCUGCUACUGACAGAACAGCUAUUUCCAUGUUAAAAUGUUAUGGGAUACAUUUUCUCCAUUUUUUUUAAUGGUAGGCCACUCUGGUAGGUCUACAUUAUGAUCAAAUAGCCACAGCAACCUACUUGGCCGCUGUUAAAACUGUAACCUAAAGUGAGUACAGCCUCAGUGUUCACAGUAAAUGCGCGUCGGAAGUUGCACAGAAUUUUGCGCUCAGCAGACCUGAAAUUUGCUCAGUGCCAAAAAAAAUUUGAGGGAACAUUGGUUACAAUGUCUACUGAGCAUGAACUAUCAACUUCAUUUUGGUUUUUAAAGCAUCUUUGAGAUUCUUCUUGUAAUGAAAAGCGCUAUAUAAAUGAAAUGUAUUAUUAUCAUUAUUACUGUCACAGUACUUUGUGCAACCAACCCCAAUGUUCUGACGUUUCUGUAGAAUGUGGAGUUUGUGCGGACCGGCUAUGGCAAAAACCUUGUCAAGGUGUUGUAUAUCAGACGAGAGGGGACUCACCACUACAUCACUGAGCUGACAGCUAAUGUGGAGCUCACCCUCAAGUCUCGCAAGGACUACUUGACCGGUGACAACUCGGACAUCAUCCCCACUGACACUGUCAAGAACACGGUCCAUGCACUGGCUAAGCUGAAGGGAGUACGUGACUGUGCACUCACACUAGACACGUAGAAAGAGUUUCAUUUCAUUUGGGAAGACAGCUAUGAUCAUCUGAAAAGUACAGUGGGGAAAAAAAGUAUUUAGUCAGCCACCAAUUGUGCAAGUUCUCCCACGUAAAAAGAUGAGAGAGGCCUGUAAUUUUCAUCAUAGGUACACGUCAACUAUGACAGACAAAUUGAGAUUUUUUUUCUCCAGAAAAUCACAUUGUAGGAUUUUUAAUGAAUUUACUUGCAAAUUAUGGUGGAAAAUAAGUAUUUGGUCACCUACAAACAAGCAAGAUUUCUGGCUCUCACAGACCUGUAACUUCUUCUUUAAGAGGCUCCUCUGUCCUCCACUCGUUACCUGUAUUAAUGGCACCUGUUUGAACUUGUUAUCAGUAUAAAAGACACCUGUCCACAACCUCAAACAGUCACACUCCAAACUCCACUAUGGCCAAGACCAAAGAGCUGUCAAAGGACACCAGAAACAAAAUUGUAGACCUGCACCAGGCUGGGAAGACUGAAUCUGCAAUAGGUAAGCAGCUUGGUUUGAAGAAAUCAACUGUGGGAGCAAUUAUUAGGAAAUGGAAGACAUACAAGACCACUGAUAAUCUCCCUCGAUCUGGGGCUCCACGCAAGAUCUCACCCCGUGGGGUCAAAAUGAUCACAAGAACGGUGAGCAAAAAUCCCAGAACCACACGGGGGGACCUAGUGAAUGACCUGCAGAGAGCUGGGACCAAAGUAACAAAGCCUACCAUCAGUAACACACUACGCCGCCAGGGACUCAAAUCCUGCAGUGCAGACGUGUCCCCCUGCUUAAGCCAGUACAUGUCCAGGCCCGUCUGAAGUUUGCUAGAGUGCAUUUGGAUGAUCCAGAAGAGGAUUGGGAGAACGUCAUAUGGUCAGAUGAAACCAAAAUAUAACUUUUUGGUAAAAACUCAACUCGUCGUGUUUGGAGGACAAAGAAUGCUGAGUUGCAUCCAAAGAACACCAUACCUACUGUGAAGCAUGGGGGUGGAAACAUCAUGCUUUGGGGCUGUUUUUCUGCAAAGGGACCAGGACGACUGAUCCGUGUAAAGGAAAGAAUGAAUGGGGCCAUGUAUCGUGAGAUUUUGAGUGAAAACCUCCUUCCAUCAGCAAGGGCAUUGAAGAUGAAACGUGGCUGGGUCUUUCAGCAUGACAAUGAUCCCAAACACACUGCCCGGGCAACGAAGGAGUGGCUUCGUAAGAAGCAUUUCAUGGUCCUGGAGUGGCCUAGCCAGUCUCCAGAUCUCAACCCCAUAGAAAAUCUUUGGAGGGAGUUGAAAGUCCGUGUUGCCCAGCGACAGCCCCAAAACAUCACUGCUCUAGAGGAGAUCUGCAUGGAGGAAUGGGCCAAAAUACCAGCAACAGUGAGUGAAAACCAUGUGAAGACUUACAGAAAACGUUUGACCUGUGUCAUUGCCAACAAAGGGUAUAUAACAAAGUAUUGAGAAACUUUUGUUAAUGACCAAAUACUUAUUUUCCACCAUAAUUUGCAAAUAAAUUCAUAAAAAAUCCUACAAUGUGAUUUUCUGGAUAUUUUUUUCUCAUUUUGUCUGUCAUAGUUGACGUGUACCUAUGAUGAAAAUUACAGGCCUCUCUCAUCUUUUUAAGUGGGAGAACAUGCACAAUUGGUGGCUGACUAAAUACUUUUUUUCCCCACUGUAGAUGGCAAAAUGCUGAAUGAAUGAAAGCACUGCAAAUGGAAUGGGUAGCCAAAAUGCCUUAGUGAUAUAGUUCACUUCAAUAUCAGUUUGUUAGACACCCCUAAAGGGUGGUCUACUGUCAAGAUGAGUGCAUUUCUCUAACCUGGAAUCCUUCUAAGAGGUUCCACCAGGCUAGCAUUUCUCAUACUCUGUUGUGUAAAUUCAACAAAAAUGCGUCAGUCUCACAUGAAUCGGAAAGAUAGGUGUAAACUAAUUUAAUCAUUUUAGGUCUUUCCAAUUGACUUUAAUACAGGAAACCUCAGUGAUACUAAGUCUGUGUUUGUUUAGGUUUUGACCAUAGAGCAGUUUGCCAUGGACAUCAGCGAACAUUUCCUGACAGCUUUCAAACAUGUGACCAGGGUAAACGUGAAGAUUGAGGAGGCACCAUGGAGGAGACUGGAGAAGGUACAGUAGAAUAAGGCUGGAUUCAAAGUCCAAAACACAAAGCCUUUCCUUGACGUCUUGCCCUAAUACAUCUUAAGGGUCUAGAUAGGUGAAAGCAAUAGGGUGCAAUCUCCAUUUAGUCUAUUGGGGUGAGAAAUAGGUUGCGAUAUCACCAUACCGCCAACACUUCAGUCCCUUCAGCUCUGCAGGGACACUUUUCGAGGGGAGAAGGAAGUUGUUUGGAAUGAAGUCUAUGAUAUAGAUAAGCUUUUGGAUGUGAGCCCCAUGUAUACUCUGUAAAAGUAUACAUAGAUUAAGUAACCUUUAACCUUUAAUAGUGAUGCAUUUAAAUGAGGCUUGUCUUUCUUGCACAGAAUGGUGUUGAGCAUGCACAUGCAUUCAUCUACAGCCCUGAAUCCUGCCGCUUCUGUGAAGUCGAACAAAAUCUUAAUGGUGAGCAAAACACACACAAAGUUGAUUUGUCACAGACAUACUCAAGAUUGAAUGAAAAUGUGACAGUACUGUAAUGUCUUAUUUCAAGCUCUUAGACCUAGUGAGCUAAUAACAUCACUUUACAUACUAGACACAGCUAUGUGAAAGAUAUCUUACAAUCAGAAUCUACCUUUAGCACAUGAACAACUUAUUAUCUAAUCUGUAUGUAUGAUGGUUUACUUUGAAUGAUGGGUGGUGAACCUAAAAUCAACGUCAUGUUCAUUAGGCACCAAACGGAAGAAAAUGCUCUGAAACUGAGUAAAACAGGGAGGUACAAUCUGUACUUGUCCAAUUAGAAACAGGGAUUUUCAUUUUCCAUUGCAAAACACUUUUUUGUUGUUUGCCCUAAUGAACACAACCCUGGUCUUUACCUCUCUGACCUUCCCCCACAGAGAGCCCUGUUCUUCACAGUGGCGUGAAGAACAUGAAGGUGCUGAAGACCACUCAGUCUGGCUUCGAGGGCUUCUUCCGAGACCGCUUCACCACUCUACAGGAGGCCAAGGACAGGUGUUUCUGUACCUCUGUCUACGCCAGGUGGCGCUACAACAAGGUCCAGAAUGUCGACUUUGACAGCGCAUGGUAAUUCCCUGAGUUAAUGACCUGUGAAAAGGAACAGUUGAGUUCAUUAAUACUGUACAUAGUGCCCCAUAAUACGCUUGACCUAACACGUGAUAUGUAAAACAGAUAUAAUUUACACAUUGGAAACAAAGCUGUUGAUUAAUCUUUUACUGCAGUGGGCUAAAUCAGGGUCACACAGAUUUCUUGGUACUCUUAAACAAAUCUACUUUGAAACAAAAGUAAGAUGUAAGAUGGCACUGACAGACAUGGCAGCUCUGCUUCUAGCUCCUAAGCAACUUUGCAGUAUUUUGUUUUUUUGUGUGUUAUUUCUUACAUUAUUAGCCCAAAAAGUUUUUUGUGUUAUUACAUACACCCGGAAAUAACUUUUGGAUAUCAGAGCGGCGGUAAAUCACCAGCAUUACGACUAUGAAUAUGACUUUCGUGAAUUGGAUCCUUUGUUCGUACCCCCCAGGGCAAUUUAAUUUACCCCAGAGGCUGCUCCUUGACACCGCCGGCGGAGAAGAGGUAUUCGGAGUGGACUUCUAGUCCGACUCAGGAGGAGUGCACACCAUCCACCGCUUCCGAGUAUAUUACACGCUAAUGUUCAGUCUCUGGACAAUAAAAUAGACAAGCUCAGGGCGAGGAUCUCCUUCCAGAGAGACAUCAGGGACUGUAACAUACUCUGUUUCACGGAAUCAUGGCUGUCUCAGGAUAUACUGUCCCCAUCCAUACAGCCAGCUGGGUUCUCAGUUCAUCACGCAGACAGGAAUAAAGAACUCUCCGGGAAGAAGAAAGGCGGUGGUGUAUGUUUCAUGAUUAACUACUCAUGGUGUGAUUGUGAUAACAUACAGAAACUCUUGUCCUUUUGUUCACCCGACCUAGAAUACCUCACAAUCAAAUGCAGACAGUAUUACCUCCCAAGAGAAUUAUCUUCGGUUAUAGUCACAGCCGUGUAUAUUCCCCCUCAAGCCGAUACCAUGAUGGCCCUCAAGGAACUACACUGGACUUUGUGCAAACUGGAAACCACAUAUCCUGAGGCCGCAUUUAUUGUAGCUGGGGAUUUUAACAAAGCAAAUUUGAGGAAAACGCUACCGAAAUCCUAUCAACACAUUGACUGUAGUACUCGCUUAGGAAAAACACUAGACCACUGCUACUCGCCUUUUCGAGAUGCCUACAAGGCCCUCCCCUGCCCUCGCUUUGGAAAAUCAGAUCAUUACUCAAUUUUGCUCCUCCCUUCCUAUAGGCAGAAACUCAGGAAGUACCCAUGCUAAGGUCUAUUCAACGCUGGUCUGACCAAUCGGAAUCCAUGUUUCAAGAUUGUUUUGAUCACGCGGACUGGGAUAUGUUCCGGGUAGCCUCUGAGAAUAACGUUGAGGUAUACACGGACAUGGUGACUGAGUUCAUCAGGAAGUGUAUAGGGGAUGUUGUUCCCACAGUGACUAUUAAAACCUACCCAAACCAGAAACUGUGGAUAGAUGGCAGCAUUCAUGCAAAACCAAAAGCGCGAACCAUGGCAAGGUGACUGGGAACAUGGUCGAAUACAAACAGUGUAGUUAUUCCUUCCAUAAGGCAAUCAAACAGGCAAAACGUCAGUACAGAGACAAAGUGGAGUCGCAAUUCAAGGGCUCAGACACGAGAUGUACAGUGGGGAGAACAAGUAUUUGAUACACUGCUGAUUUUGCAGGUUUUCCUACUUACAAAGCAUGUAGAGGUCUGUAAUUUUUAUCAUAGGUACACUUCAACUGUGAGAGACGGAAUCUAAAACAAAAAUCCAGAAAAUCACAUUGUAUGAUUUUUAAGUAAUUAAUUUGCAUUUUAUUGCAUGACAUAAGUAUUUGAUCACCUACCAACCAGUAAGAAUUCCGGCUCUCACAGACCUGUUCGUUUUUCUUUAAGAAGCCCUCCUGUUCUCCACUCAUUACCUGUAUUAACUGCACCUGUUUGAACUCGUUACCUGUAUAAAAGACACCUGUCCACACACUCAAUCAAACAGACUCCAACCUCUCCACAAUGGCCAAGACCAGAGAGCUGUGUAAGGACAUCAGGGAUAAAAUUGUAGACCUGCACAAGGCUGGGAUGGGCUACAGGACAAUAGGCAAGCAGCUUGGUGAGAAGGCAACAACUGUUGGCGCAAUUAUUAGAAAAUGGAAGAAGUUCAAGAUGACGCUCAAUCACCCUCGGUCUGGGGCUCCAUGCAAGAUCUCACCUCGUGGGGCAUCAAUGAUCAUGAGGAAGGUGAGGGAUCAGCCCAGAACUACACGGCAGGACCUGGUCAAUGACCUGAAGAGAGCUGGGACCACAGUCUCAAAGAAAACCAUUAGUAACACACUACGCCGUCAUGGAUUAAAAUCCUGCAGCGCACGCAAGGUCCCCCUGCUCAAGUCAGCGCAUGUCCAGGCCCGUCUGAAGUUUGCCAAUGACCAUCUGGAUGAUCCAGAGGAGGAAUGGGAGAAGGUCAUGUGGUCUGAUGAGACAAAAAUAGAGCUUUUUGGUCUAAACUCCACUCGCCGUGUUUGGAGGAAGAAGAAGGAUGAGUACAACCCCAAGAACACCAUCCCAACCGUGAAGCAUGGAGGUGGAAACAUCAUUCUUUGGGGAUGCUUUUCUGCAAAGGGGACAGGACGACUGCACCGUAUUGAGGGGAGGAUGGAUGGGGCCAUGUAUCGCGAAAUCUUGGCCAACAACCUCCUUCCCUCAGUAAGAGCAUUGAAGAUGGGUCGUGGCUGGGUCUUCCAGCAUGACAACGACCCGAAACACACAGCCAGGGCAACUAAGGAGUGGCUCCGUAAGAAGCAUCUCAAGGUCCUGGAGUGGCCUAGCCAGUCUCCAGACCUGAACCCAAUCGAAAAUCUUUGGAGGGAGCUGAAAGUCCGUAUUGCCCAGCGACAGCCCCGAAACCUGAAGGAUCUGGAGAAGGUCUGUAUGGAGGAGUGGGCCAAAAUCCCUACUGCAGUGUGUGCAAACCUGGCCAAGACCUACAGGAAACGUAUGAUAUCUGUAAUUGGAAACAAAGGUUUCUGUACCAAAUAUUAAGUUCUGCUUUUCCGAUGUAUCAAAUACUUAUGUCAUGCAAUAAAAUGCAAAUGAAUUACUUAAAAAUCAUACAAUGUGAUUUUCUGGAUUUUUGUUUUAGAUUCCGUCUCUCACAGUUGAAGUGUACCUAUGAUAAAAAUUACAGACCUCUACAUGCUUUGUAAGUAGGAAAACCUGCAAAAUCGGCAGUGUAUCAAAUACUUGUUCUCCCCACUGUAUGUGGCAGGGUCUACAGACAGUAACGGAUUACAAAGUGAAAACCAGCCACGUCGCGGACACUGACGUUUUGCUCCCGGACAAGCGAAACAUCUUCUUUGCCCGCUUUGAGGAUAACUGUCAUGACUUCCGCUGAGGCUGCCUCCCCUCCUUGUUCAGGCAGGCUUCGGCGUUUGUCGUCACUAGCUUACUAGCCACUGCCGCUCCAUUAUUCAUCAUUCCAUUUGUCUUGUCUUGUCAAUCACACACACCUGGUUCUUAUCCUCUCAUUAGUCUGUGUAUAAGUGUUCCCUCUGCCCCCCUUGUGCUUGUGGGUGAUUGUUUAUUUGUGAGAGUAGUGUAGCUCGGUGGAGCUACUCGUACCUUGUUAUUGCCGGGGUAGAUAUUUCCCCUGUGCCUGUUAUUGUUGGAGCUACCGUUACCUUCUAUUGCCAGGGUAGAUUUUCCCCUGUGCCUGUUUCGUUUGUCACUAUCCAGCGCUAUUGGUGUACGACGGAAUAAACUCUGCAUUCGGUGAUUACCCUCCUGCGCCGGCAUCUGUAGCUGCGUACUCAGAGCAUGCGCAGACCAGCUGGCUGGAGUGUUUACGGACAUAUUCAAUCUCUCCCUAUCCCAGUCUGCUGUCCCCACUUGCUUCAAGAUGUCCACCAUUGUUCCUGUACCCAAGAAAGCAAAGGUAACUGAACUAAAUGACCAUCGCCCCGUAGCACUCACUUCUGUCAUCAUGAAGUGCUUUGAGAGGCUAGUUAAGGAUCAUAUCACCUCUACUUUACCUGACACCCUAGACCCACUUCAAUUUGCUUACCGCCCCCAAUAGAUCCACAGACGAUGCAUUCGCCAUUGCACUGCACACUGCUCUAUCCCAUCUGGACAAGAGGAAUACCUACGUCGGAAUGCUUUUCAUUGAUUAUAGCUCAGCCUUCAACACCAUAGUACCCUCCAAGCUCAUCAUUAAGCUCGGGACCCUGGGUCUGAAUCCCGCCCUGUGCAACUGGGUCCUGGACAUCCUGACGGACCACCCCCAGGUGGUGAAGGUAGGAAACAACACCUCCACUUCUCUGAUCCUCAACACAGGGACCCCACAAGGGUGCGUGCUCAGCCCCCUCCUGUACGCCCUGUUCACCCAUGACUGCGAGGCAACACACGCCUCCAACUCAAUCAUCAAGUUUGCAGACAACACAACAGUAGUAGGCCUGAUUACCAACAAUGACGAGACAGCCUACACAGAGAAGGUGAGGGCCCUGGCGGAGUGGGCCAGGAAAAUAACCUCUCUCUCAACGUCAACAAAACGAAGGAGCUGAUUGUGGACUUCAGGAAACAGCAGAGGGAGCACGCCUUUAUCCACAUUGACGGGACCGCAGUGGAGAAGGUGGAAAGCUUCAAGUUCCUCGGUGUACACAUCACUGACAAUCUGAAAUGGUCCAUCCACACAGACAGUGUGGUGAAGAAGGUGCAACAGCGCCUCUUCAACCUCAGGAGGCUGAAGAAAUUCGGCAUGACCCCUAAGACCCUCACAAACUUUUAUAGAUGCACAAUUGAGAGCAUCCUGUCGGGCUGUAUCACCGCCUGGUAUGGCAACUGCACCGCCCGCCACCGCAGGGCUCUCCAGAGGGUGGUGCGGUCUGCCCAACUCAUCAUCAGGGGCACACUGCCUGCCCUUCAGGACACCUACAGCACCCGAUGUCACAGGAAGGCCAAAAAGGUAAUCAAGGACAUCAACCACCCGAGCCACGGCCUGUUCAACCCGCUAUCAUCCAGAAGGCGAGGUCAGUACAGGUGCAUCAAAGCUGGGACCGAGAGCCUGAAAAACAGCUUCUAUCUCAAGGCCAUCAGACUGUUAAAUAACCACCACUAGCCGGCUACCACCCGGUUACUCAACCCUGCACCUUAGAGGCUGCUGCCCUAUAUACAUAGACAAGGAAUCACUGGCCACUCUAAUAAUGGAACACUAGUCAUUUUAAUAGUGUUUACAUACUGCUUUACUCAUCACAUAUCUAUAUACUGUAUUCUAUUCUACUGUAUUUUAGUCAAUGCCACUCCGACAUUGCUCAUCCUAAUAUUUAUAUAUUUCUUAAUUCCAUUCUUUUACUUUUAGAAAUGUGUAUUGUUGUGAAUUGUUAGAUACUACUGCACUGUUGGAGCUAGGAACACAAGAAUUUCGCUACACCCGCAAUAACAUCUGCUAAAUAUGUGUAUGUGACCAAUAAAAUUUGAUUUGAUUUAAUACACCUCGUACACAUGGUUAUGGGCUUAAAAAAAAGAAGACACCUGUCCCAUGUCAGAUGUAACGUUGAAAUGUAUUCAAUGUUGAUUUUGCAUCCCAAUGAUAGACUUUAUAUACAUCACAGAAGACUGAAAUAUAACAAAACGGUUUGACAUAAAAACACCAGAUUUUCAGCGUUUAAAAAUAAAUAAUGUUUAUUAAUUAUGAAAUUAUGAAAAAUAUGAAUAAUAUUCCAUCCAUGAGGACACUAGAGGGCGCUUUGGUCAUUCGACUGCAGGAAAAGGCCACGCAAUAAAUUGACCAUGAGAAUUUCAUAACAACCUGUUACCCAUUUUUCUAGUUCAAACACUAGUUAAAUAAUGAACAAACUGAUAAGUGUGGGGAAAUAUUCAAUGUGCUACUCUUUUUUGCAGGAACUCUGUCAAGGAGUCAAUAAUUGAGAAGUUUGCUGGCCCAUACGAUCGUGGAGAGUACUCUCCCUCUGUGCAGAAAACCCUCUACGACACACAGGUCAUAGUCCUGGAUAGGGUGCCAGAGGUAGGUUCACUCUAUAGCCUAACUCUCACACACUCACAUGCACACAUGCACACACACAUUUAAACAAAACAAAUAGUGUUUUUUGUGUGAUUACUGAUCAAUUCAUUUAUACAUUUAUAAUUAGUAGUUUUUUUUAUCUGUUUUAACAAACAUUUAAUUUUUGUACUUAUAUAUUGUACAGUACCAGUCAAAAGUUUGCACACACCUACUCAUUUCAGGGUUUUUCUUUAUUUUUACUAUUUCUACAUUGUAGAAUAAUAAUGAAGACAUCAAAACUAUGAAAUAACACAUAUGGAAUCAUGUAGUAGCCAAAAAAGUGUUAAACAAAUCGAAAUAUAUUGAUUUGUUUGAGAUUCUUCAAAGUAGCCACCCUUUGCCUUGAUGACAGCGUUGCACACGCUUGGCAUUCUCUCAACCAGCUUCAUGAGGUAGUCACCUGGAAUGUUAGUUAGUGAGUGCAUACAUUUUUGCAUACUGGUCCCCCGUGGGAAUCGAACCCACAACCCUGGCGUUGCAAGCACCAUGCUCUACCAACUGAGCUACACGGGACUGCAGAGUGUAGAGUGAAGGAAAAGCAGCCAACAAGUGCAAGGCAUAUGUGGGAACUCCUUCAUGCAUUUCUCAUGAAGCUGGUUGAGAGAAUGCCAAGAGUGUGCAAAACUGUCAUCAAGGCAAAGAGUGUGUACUUUGAAGAAUCUCAAAUAUAAAAUAUAUUUUGAUUUGUUUAACACUUUUUUGGUUACUAUAUGAUUCCAUAUGUGUUAUUUCAUAGUUUUGAUGUCUUCACUAUUAUUCUACAAUGUAGAAAAUAGUCAAAAUAAAAGCAAAACCCUGGAAUGAGUAGGUGUGUCUAAACUUUUGACUGGUACUGUAUAUUGUUUUUUUGUGGUGUGAUUUUCAUAUAAGCCUUUAGGCUUCCAACCACACCUGCACAAUGUAUUUAUUUUAUUUAUUUGGUAUUGUGGUCUGUCACUUCUUUUUCUUUGGUGCAAAUAAAUAGAACUACAUUUAUUCAUAAAGCAUCUCAGAGUAGGAGUGCUGAUCUGGGAUCAGAUCCUCCCCCUGUCCAUGCUAUAUCAUUCAUUAUGAUCAAAAAGGGGAAACCUAGAUCAGCACUCCUACUCAGAGACGCUUUAAGAAUAUGGGCCCUUGUUUCAAAACACUAAGUGUUACUGUGUAUGUCUGUUUCAGGUUGAAGAGAUCGAGAUAGUCAUGCCUAACCAACAUUAUUUCACCAUUGACAUGACGAAAAUGGGUCUCACCAACAACAAUGAAGUGAGUUGCAUCAGGAGAGAUACUCACAUGGCCUGUUGUUUCGAGUCGAUGCUUCUCAUUGACCUACCUUUAAGGAAGAGAUAGAAAGAAAUUGAUUUGUUAUGCGGUUCUUCCUCUAAUUUCAACUUAUUUUCAACUGGAAAACUUUGAAAAAAGUGUGAUGUUACAACUAUUACUACAACAGUUGGCAGUAUUUCUAUGACUCAACAACUUCAUCACCACUGGUUGCUCAGUGACUUACUCACUGUGGGUUGAAUGUCUAGUUAACGCAGUGCCUUUUCCUUCAAGGUUCUUCUGCCAUUGGACAAUCCUUCAGGGAACAUCACGGGCACAGUACGCAGGAAGCCGCAAGCAAAGCUAUGAAAAUGAACACAAAUCUACCCGAAAAUACUUUAAUCACAGUCAGAACAAAACCAUAAUUAAUGUCCCAUCGGUUAAGAUCUUUCCAAACAUAACAUACUGAUAAAUCUACAGGGUCGUAUUCAUUAGGCACCAAAUGGAACCUAACGUGUCCAACAAGAA